UAAAUAAAGACAAAUUCGUAGGAACUGUCUCCCACGAGUCAACUCGCCCGCUGCAAGCUGAAGUCCGCUCUGAAAUUCAAUCGAAAUUCAAUUUCCUCUCGACUCAGCGCUGGUUUCAGAAUGGCAACAAACCUUCGAUUUUACUCCCACGCAACUUCCACCACAACCUCACCAUCUUUUGAGUCAAAACGCCGUCGUUUUCCUUAUUCCCGCCAAAACUUUCUUUGUAUCUUGACGAAAACCAGAAUCGUUUCAGUUUCAAGAGAUCAAUCAACAUCCUCCUCCUCAUCAUCAUCAUUGUCUUUAAACAAGAGUAAUGCGUUUCUCUCUCCACUUUUCCCUAAUUCUACUUCAGAUUCCACCACCCGUAACGUUACCGUUAGAUCCCAGUUAAAUUUCCCCCUCAUUUCUCCCCACGACAAAUGGGGCACGUGGACUGCCCUCUUCGCCACUGGCGCAUUCGGUAUCUGGUCAGAGCGGACCCAGAUUGGGAGCGCGUUGAGUGGAGCGCUUGUCAGCACUUUGGUUGGUCUUGCGGCUAGUAAUUUGGGGAUUAUUUCGUGUGAAUCCCCUGCGUACAAAAUUGUGUUGGAGUUUUUGCUCCCUUUGGCUGUUCCAUUGUUGUUGUUUAGAGCUGACUUGCGUCGCGUGAUUAAGUCCACAGGGGCCCUUCUCUUAGCUUUCUUGCUGGGAUCAGUUGCAACAACGGUUGGAACAUACUUAGCAUUUCUUAUUGUGCCAAUGCAGUCGCUUGGUCAAGAUAGUUGGAAGAUAGCAGCUGCCCUCAUGGGUAGACACAUUGGUGGAGCUGUAAAUUAUGUUGCUAUUUCUGAUGCUCUUGGUGUAUCUUCAUCAGUUUUAGCUGCGGGAUUAGCUGCAGAUAAUGUUAUUUGUGCAAUAUAUUUUACGUCAUUGUUUGCAUUGGCCUCUAAAAUACCUGCCGAAUCUUCACCACCAAGCAGUGAUGUUUCAAUGGAUGAGGAAUCCAACCGUGGUGGCAAACUUCCUGUUUUGCAAUUCGCCACUGCCCUUUCUGUAGCCUUUGCUAUCUGCAAGGUUGGUACUUUUCUUGCGGAAUAUUUUGGCAUUCAAGGAGGUAGCCUGCCGGCCAUAACAGCUAUUGUUGUUAUUUUAGCAACUGCACUUCCAACCCAGUUUAAUAAACUUGCACCCGCUGGUGAGGCUAUGGCUCUAAUUCUAAUGCAGGUUUUUUUUACAGUAGUGGGUGCGAGUGGUAACAUAUGGAAUGUCAUCAACACAGCUCCGAGCAUUUUCAUGUUUGCUCUUGUCCAGAUUGCUAUCCAUCUUGCUGUGAUCCUUGGAUUAGGAAAGCUCUUCCGCUUUGAUCAGAAGCUGUUGCUUAUAGCAUCAAAUGCAAACGUUGGAGGCCCUACAACUGCAUGUGGAAUGGCCACGGCCAAAGGUUGGAGUUCUUUGAUUGUUCCAGGUAUUCUUGCUGGCAUUUUUGGAAUUGCCAUUGCAACUUUUCUUGGCAUUGCCUUUGGAGUGACAGUCCUCAAGUACAUGUAGAUCUUGCAAAUCGUAUUCUUUUUGCUUCAGGCUGACCAAGAACAUUUCUGAAAUAAAGUUUCAAGGCAUAUUUAGGUUAUUGAAACUCAA